UCAUUUGAAAUAUCGUCAUCUCCGUCAGUCUCUUCCUCCUCAACUACCACUCAGCUUUGCAAAUCCCUCGCACACUUCACACACUAUAUCCUCUCCUCCACAUACACACAGAGAGAGAGAGAGAGAGAGAAUCGACUAUGGCGGUUUCCUAUGCAUCUCUGUCGAAUAUUAGCUCGGUUUCAGCUCAGCGAAGUCUCUCACCAACCAAAACGACGAGUUCUGUUUGCUCUUUCGCCUCUUUGAAGCUUCGGAAAUCUGCAUUUUCAUCGUCGAGCUUUUUCUCUGGUUCGCUUAGCCUGUCGUCCUUGCAUUUGGACCGUCCGGUUCGGAGCAGAGCAGGCCCUAUGUCUUUCUCAGUUCGAGCCAUGGCUGAGGAAGCUACUUUGCAAUCAAAAGUGACACACAAAGUUUAUUUUGAUAUAAGCAUUGGAAACCCAGUAGGAAAGCUAGCUGGAAGAAUUGUCAUUGGAUUGUAUGGUGACGAUGUGCCGCAGACUGCUGAAAACUUCCGUGCUCUAUGCACAGGGAACUGGUGGUAAAAGCAUAUAUGGUCGCACAUUCAAAGAUGAAAACUUUAAGUUGAUUCAUACUGGACCUGGAGUUGUUAGCAUGGCAAAUGCUGGUCCAAAUACCAAUGGGAGCCAGUUUUUCAUCUGUACUGUCAAGACACCAUGGCUAGACCAGAGGCAUGUUGUGUUUGGACAAGUUCUGGAGGGCAUGGAUGUUGUAAGGCUGAUUGAAUCACAAGAAACAGACAGAGGUGAUCGUCCUACAAAGAGGGUUGUCAUAAGCGAUUGCGGUGAACUUCCAGUGGCUUAAGGUGGAGUAAUCAUUGAUCAUGUCAUCAUGAGAUUUUAGUUUUUGGCCAUUCUAAUGUUUUGUCAUGUUCCUGAUAUAGAGGGCUAUCUAGUUGAUGAGGCUUGUCCAACUACAAGUUUCUUGUAGUUGUGUAUGUCGAGAAAAAGGGACUUCAGUAAUUUUACUUUACGAAUUACUCGAGCAAGAUUCAGGAUAUGACCUGCUGGUUGUAUUGGUCGCAUGUUUAACUGUUUUGACGAAUAAUGAUUUCAUUUGCAAGUAUUUUGCCGUUAGUUAUAAUCAAUAAAUUUUUGUAUAA